CAGUGUUCGGUUAAUAUAAAUAAAUAACAAUCCAAAUAGACAGCACUGUUAUCUUCCAUCUCUCAGUUUGCUGCGAAGCUCAGCUCUGCAAAUCUGAUUUUUACAUUUUGAUUAACCAGUUUUUUUUUUGAGAGAGAAAACAGAGACAGAGAGAGAGAGACGUCAUUUUUAUAAGAAGAGGAUUUGUACUAAUCUCCAGAAAUUGAAGGGAAAUUGAUUGAUUGAUUGUUUCUUGUCUAUGUAACUGCUUACAAAUUUAAGCGAAGGGGUGGCUUUUGAGGCUUAAGAGAAAUUGCUGGAGUUCAAAUAUGAGGUUUCAAAAGGCAGAUUGCGCGGUCAAAUCUAUCAGCUCAAAGGCUUCAAUGUAUGCACUGUUUUGGGGAUGAUAUUAUUGGUUCUAUCUGCACUUGGAAACAAGAGUAUAUACAACCGGCACUGCUCAUCUGGGAUCCGAAGAAUCACUGCUUAUUUUUCUUCUUUUGGAGCAGAUUCUUUCAUGAUUUGAAGGCUAAAAAGCAAUGCUAGUUUGUGGCAGACUGUGAGGUCUUGUUUGGAUGUUGUGUCCUUUUCCAUUUUGCCAAAUAGUGUUGCGGAGUCUCUCUGUAAAGUUUCGCAGGAGAGCAAGUGAGUUUUCUUUGUCAAAUUUGAGCCAGUGGAAUCAGCUUCUUGCUUUUUGAGCCAAAAGGAUAUCUAGAUCCACAGUGUUUGUAGGCACUACGGCGGAUCGAGAAGGCAAAGGAAAAUAAAGACAUUGUGAAAUGGGUUUGUUUUUUGGGAGGAAUACUUGAGCAAUUUAAGGGAAAUGGUGAAAUGGUCUUAUCAAUGAUGCUGUGUCUGCUUCUUCGAUGAUUGGAAGGGGGCAUGGUUUUGUUGUCGGUGGUGGUACAUGUCUUUGAAAUGAACAUGGUGGGGGUAGACAAUAAUGCAUAAAAUGCUCGUUUUACGGCAUCUAUUUCUUUCCUGUAUAACCGUAGGGCUUGAUGUGUGUUGACAAUUUGAUCUAUUAAAGAAACAGAGAUUUUUUUUUUCAAAAGCAUUUUGUGGUGGUAGUGAUGAGUAGAGAGCAAAAGAGAGGAAAGCAAGAGAAAGGCUCUGAUGUGGCCGAGAAAGUUGUAGUUGCAGUUAAGGCAUCUAAGGAGAUUCCUAAGACUGCCUUGGUGUGGGCUUUGACUCAUGUCGUGCAUGCUGGCGACUGCAUUACUUUGCUUGUUGUUGUCCCUUCACAGAGUUCAGGUCGAAAGCUAUGGGGUUUCCCUAGAUUUGCAGGGGACUGUGCCAGUGGUCACCGGAAGUCUCAUUCAGGAGCAACCUCUGAGCAGAAGUGCGAUAUUACAGAUUCCUGCUCCCAGAUGAUCCUUCAGCUCCACGAUGUUUAUGAUCCAAACAAGAUCAAUGUGAAGAUAAAGAUCGUUUCUGGCUCACCUUGUGGGGCAGUGGCUGCAGAAGCCAAGAGGGCGCAGGCCAAUUGGGUUGUAUUAGACAAGCAGCUAAAGCAUGAGGAAAAACGGUGCAUGGAUGAACUGCAAUGCAACAUAGUCGUUAUGAAACGUUCCCAGCCAAAGGUUCUUCGCCUGAAUUUGGUUGGAUCAUCGAAGGAAGCUGAAAGUGUGGGUAAAUUGCCUUCUGAACCAGAUGAAGCUUCUGGGGAACAUACUAAAAAUAAAAAUGAUUCUUCAGAUUCAAUUCGAGGACCUGUUGUGACCCCGACAAGCAGUCCAGAGCUAGGGACACCAUUUACUGCCACUGAAGUUGGAACAUCAUCAGUGUCGAGUGAUCCUGGAACUUCACCAUUUUUUACCUCGGAAACAAAUGGAGACCUGAAGAAAGAGGAAUCCCUAAUUGUUAAGGAAAAUAGGGAUGUUGAUGAAUCUAGUUCAGACACAGAUAGUGAACACUUAUCAUCAGCUUCAGCAAGUUUGAGGUUUGAGCCAUGGAUGGGAGAAUUCAUUAGUUCUCACAUUCAAUCCUCACGACGUAUGGAGGAAGUCUCACAAAGAAGUACCAAUAUGGCGCAAGAAUCAACAACUAAAGCCUUGCUAGAGAAGUUCUCAAAGCUUGAUAGACAAAUUGGAGCUGGAAUGUCCAACUACAGGACAGAUUUAGAGUUAAGCGGAAAUGUGAGAGAAGCAACAUCAUUGUCCAGAAAUGCCCCUCCCGGACCCCCUCCUUUGUGCUCAAUAUGCCAACACAAGGCACCUGUUUUUGGAAAACCUCCAAGGUGGUUCAGCUAUGCUGAGUUGGAGCUUGCAACUGGUGGAUUCUCGCAAGCUAAUUUCUUGGCAGAGGGUGGGUUUGGAUCUGUUCACAGGGGCGUAUUGCCAGAUGGUCAGGCAGUUGCUGUCAAGCAACACAAAUUGGCUAGUUCACAGGGGGAUCUUGAAUUUUGCUCCGAAGUUGAAGUUCUGAGCUGUGCUCAGCAUCGGAAUGUUGUUAUGCUGAUUGGAUUUUGCAUUGAAGACAAAAGGAGGUUGUUGGUAUAUGAAUAUAUAUGCAAUGGUUCACUCGAUUCUCAUCUUUAUGGGCGUCAUCGGGAGCCAUUGGAGUGGUCUGCACGCCAGAAGGUUGCUGUUGGAGCUGCUAGAGGAUUGCGCUAUCUUCAUGAAGAAUGCAGAGUGGGUUGCAUUGUCCACCGUGAUAUGCGCCCAAACAAUAUCCUCAUUACCCAUGAUUUUGAACCACUGGUUGGGGAUUUUGGCCUUGCAAGGUGGCAACCUGAUGGAGAUACAGGUGUAGAAACUAGAGUCAUUGGAACAUUUGGGUACUUGGCUCCGGAAUAUGCCCAAAGUGGCCAGAUAACUGAAAAAGCUGAUGUCUAUUCGUUUGGGGUUGUAUUGGUUGAGCUUGUUACAGGAAGGAAAGCAGUAGAUCUCAACCGGCCCAAGGGCCAGCAGUGUCUAACUGAAUGGGCACGCCCACUGUUGGAGGAAUAUGCCAUAGAUGAACUGAUUGACCCCCGGCUUGGGAACUGCUACUCAGAGCAGGAGGUUUACUGCAUGCUUCAUGCAGCAUCAUUAUGCAUACGGCGAGAUCCUCACUCUAGACCUCGCAUGUCACAGGUUCUCCGCAUACUAGAAGGUGACAUGCUAAUGGAUGCAAAUUACACGUCAACACCUGGGUAUGAUGUGGGUAACCGGAGUGGUCGGAUUUGGGUAGAACGGCAGCAGCAACAUUAUAGUGGUCCGAUGUCAAAUGAGGCUGUGGAAGGGUUCAGUAAGCUUUCUUUGGACACACUAAGGCCAGUCUUCUGGGAAAGGGAUAAGGGCAGAAAGAUCUCAUAUGAAGAAGAUCUAUGAAAAUUGGGGAAAAAUACGGUAAGCUAAAUAUGUCCCGGCGCUUUUAUCGUUUCUAUAUGGUUUUUGCCUUCAAUGUUUUGGUUCAAUUCCAUCUAAGAUUUUGGUUUGUAUAGUAAGAAGGGUAGUAGAGUAGUAAUGUUUUGUAAUUCUUUGGUAAAUGAUAGAAACUGGUAUGAAAAUACCAAUAUGCACGGGUAUUAGUGAAUACGAUUUUCUUAUGAAUCAAUGAAGCAGUAUUUGGGGAA